UCGAAGUAAGCCAAGAUGGUGUUACUUUACCGAAAGUGUUUGAAGGAGAGGAAGCGAUAAAAUCUACCCAGAGCAGAUUGGAUGUACUCCAGGAAGAUGACGAAAGAAUGUUAGAAGUACAUAAGGCCCUCGUUACAAAUAAAUUCGUUCCUUUAUCAACGAGUUUGAUGAAAGCACUCGCCAGAGGCCAUUCUGGUUUUACCUUCCAAGUAUCCAAGAUUGAACACGAAAUCAUCAAUCAUCCUAAAUCGGCAAUCAUUAUUGGUCGAUCAGGCACUGGGAAAACGACUUGUAUUGUAUUUCGAUUAAUCGCACGCGAACUUGAUAGCGCUCAUCACGAUAAUGAGUAUUUGCAGAAAAGGCAGAUAUUUAUUACAGCAAAUUACUACUUAUGUGUCCGAGUGAAAGACUAUUUUAAUCGAUUGAAGGAAGCGGUAGAGCAUGCUGGAGAAAGAAUGUCCAAAGCUCAGUUUAAUGAAUAUAUAAGGAGGAGAGGAACUGUCAUCAAUGCUAACGUGGCCAAUGAUGUAAUGCUUGAAGAGGGGGAUGAGUUUAAUAACAUUCCAGACUCAUUCCGUCAAUUGACAGAAGCUCAUUUCCCUCUAUUCAUAACUAUUGAGAAAUUUAUGCGAAUGCUUCAAGGAACAUACGGAAUAAAUUUGCAGAAGCUGACAGUCAGAGCAGAGUUGGAUGCAGGUGAUGAAGGUGACGUGAAAGGACCUCGACGAAGGUCGUCUUUCAUCAAGAAGGAACAUUUCGUAAACUAUAAUCUCUUCCGGGAAAGAUAUUGGGAUCAUUUUGAUCAUGACAGUAAACGAAACUUGGACUGCGGACUAGUUUACUCCGAGUUUGCUGUCAUCAAGGGCACGAAUCCAGAUGUGGAUCAUUUAUCAAGGGAGGUGUAUCAAACUAUUAGCACUAAAAAAUACCCAGCAUUCCGUCAUAACCGUGAUCAGGUUUAUGAUUUGUUUCUGCAAUACGAAAAGAAGAAAGCGCGCAAUGGUGAUCAUGACUCAAUAGAUCGGACAUUGGCUAUCUUGCGUUGUGCCAAAAAGGCAGCACUUGGCGGCCCACACAUUCAUGAAGUGUACAUUGAUGAAUGUCAAGACAAUAAUAUUUUAGAUUUUGCGCUUAUUUUAGAAAUCUUCGACCGUGUCGACAGCAUUUUUUUGGCUGGAGAUAUAGCGCAAUGUAUUGCCGCAGGAUCUUCAUUCCGAUUUCAGGACAUGCGUUCCUUGAUGUACAAAUGGGAAUGUGAACGUUCUGAAAAAUACAAGUUGUAUGGUGUCAAAAAACCAACACAGUUUGAACUGAAUGUCAAUUAUCGUUCCCACAAUGGAAUACUUCAACUUGCAGCAUCGAUUGUUGAUAUUAUACACCACUUUUUCCCCGAUUGUAUUGAUAGUUUAAAACCUGAGACUAGCGAGGUUGGUGGUCCGCGCCCCAUAGCCUUCAGCGACUUUCAGAUGAAAGCUUAUUUCUAUGACUUGUCCACAAACGAGAGUACGAGCAAUAUCGAAUUUGGUGCUCAACAAGUCAUUAUUGUGCGCAACGAUGCAACCAAAUUAUAUGUGAAAGAACAAAUUCGCGAUGCAGGAUUGGUAAUGACAGUAUUUGAAACAAAAGGCAUGGAAUUUGAUGAUGUGCUUUUAUUUAAUUUCUUCACUGAUUCACCCGCAGGCUCCAAGUGGCGCAUUAUUCCUCCUGUUUUGGAAGGCAAUUCUAAGAGAAUUCGAAGUUUCUCACAUGAGAAGCAUUAUAUCCUUUCGCAUGAGCUCAAAAAUCUUUACGUUGCCAUAACCAGAGCUCGACAGCACAUAUGGAUACUCGAUGAAGAUGCUGAACGGGUGCGACCAGUCCAGAGGUAUUGGGAGAAUCGUAACCUCGUCAAAGUAAUUCAAAGCCUUGAUGAAAUUGGUACUAUGUCCGCCCUGGCGAAGAAGAGCACCAAAGAUGAGUGGAACGAACAAGGAAAAGCCUUUUUCGAAAAACAAAAAUACGACCUGGCUGUUUUCUGCUUUAGCAAAGGCAAAGAUAAUAUUAGAUAUGACUUGGCCAAUGCAUAUCGUCUUCAGCAGAUCGCCAAGUCGUCCGUAAACAGUUCUGAUAUUGCUACUGUUAAACAAAAUUUCAUUGUUGCUGCAGCGGCGUUCAAAAAAUGUUUCCGGCCUAUUCAAGAAGCUUUAUGCUAUGAGACUAUCAUGAUGUAUGAAGCUGCUGGUAAAAUUUAUGCAGAAUGCGACAAGUUUGAAGACGCUGCACGCUGCUUUUUUGACGCAAAAAUCUGGCAUACAGCGGGAGAAUAUUAUGAAAGAGCAAAGAAAUAUACUAAAGCCGCGGAGGCUUAUACAAACGGCGGUUAUUGUGACAUAGUAAUUGAUUUGAUGCAAAGGUAUAAGCAAGAAAUCGACACGGCAAGCUUUUCUCGUAUUAUACGUAUUGCAUAUAUUUACUACCGCUGGACUAACAAUAAGAAAAUGCGAGACAAGAUGGUUUCUGAAUUUGAAGAGGCAGCUAGCAUGUUCGCCCGCUCAGCCGAUCAUGAAGAGAACGUUGUGGGAGCACUACAAUGUCUUCUGGAGUUGUGCAGAAUCUAUGUAUUGAACGGGAUAAUCAUGGGUACCACAAGCUCAACGGAGCUUCGUCAUCUCCUUAACAAGGCGGCUGAAGUCACAAAACUUGGAUCACAAUUGUUGGAAAAUUCUACACAAUGGGAUAUGAUGGUAGAAGAAACGCAGUUAUACUCGGAUUAUGUAAACGAAGACCUUAAUAGUGUUCAAGAGCGUGCACAAUUCUUUCACGUGCGCGAAGAGCAUGUUAUCGAAUGCCUGGCAAUAUUAUUAUGGCUAAAAAUCACAAAAUCUGACAAUCAACCAGAAUACUGGCGCAAAAGAUUAAAUCAUUUGUUAAGGCUGUCAAAACUAGCCUACCCUUUUAUGCAUUCACAUAAAAGUGACGUUAGCGACGAGGAAAAAAAAGCCCGCAAGGAUUUUGAGAAGGUUUUUUCUGUAAGUGAGACGGAGAACUGUCGGAAUAAGCGUCGUGUUCUUUUACACAGCUCACUUAUUAAAAGAAUAGACGAAUACAAUGUAAUAGACGAAGGCAAUGUAAUAGAUUUCGCUGGCGAUUGGAAUGUCUACGACGAACAUGUUGUACGCCGGACAAUCGAACGAUUGUUUUCUUCUCAUAUGUAUGAGUUUAUAUGGGAAGCGAGUGAAAAAUAUAAAAGCAUUCCUGAUAUAUCUUCUUAUAUCUGCUACCAGUGGCCUUGUAAUGACAGAAAUUGCCAACGACAUCAUAUGGAGCCAACACGAGAAAAUCUGCGUCGGCGUUUGUCACUUGCAUGUCUCCACUAUACUGUGAUACGACAGCUAGAUGUAUUAGGAUUGAUGCGUAAACAUCGUCUUAAGGAAGAGCAGACACAAGACGCGUAUUUCCUACAAAGGUUUUGGACUGAAAAUUUGGUUAAAUGCCAUAUUCGUUAUCAACCAGCAAAGCCUAGUUUUCCGGAACUUAUUUAUGAUUAUAUUAACGGUUGUUCUGACAUACGUGAUGGGAUCAGUGAACAUGCUCGCGAGCAAUGGUUGGGAGAUGAUUUGCGAGCUCAGGACUUUGCGGACAUGUUAAAAUGUCUGUUUGUUUCUCUGCAAUUGCAGAAUAAAAAGAUCAUUGAUAAGUUUUGUAACAAGAUAUCGGCGCUCCGGCAUCCACCUAGUACCGAAGCGUCGCCGCCUAAUACUAAAAAUGAACAGCCUAAUAUCGAAGAUUCGCCGCAUGAUACCGAAAAUUCGUCGUCUGAUGUCGAAGAUUGGUUUUUUGAUACCGAAGAUAUGCUGUCUGAUACCGAAGAGUCGCCGCCUAAUUCUGAAGAUCUACCGACCGGUUUUGAACGUAUACGUAUCAAAGCAGUUGCGGAUGAUAAUAAAACAGUUACGGAUGAUAAUAAAGCAGUUGCGGUUGAUAAUAAAGCAGUUGCGGAUGAUAAUAAAGCUGUUGAGGAUGAUAAUAAAGCAGUUGCGGUUGAUAAUAAAACUCGUGAUAAAACAGUUGCGGUUGGAGAGCGACUAUCGAAAUUUAUCAUACAUCUCAGCUCUGGCGAAAGGAUCAUCGCAAUAAAACACGCGCAAAAGUUUAUUACAUACGCUUUACAAUUUAUUAAUGAAGUAAACUUGCUUGCGGAUCAAGCUAUUGGUGAUCUGGUGUCUUUCAUGGAAUGCGCGACAUCUUUGGCAUUUCCGGCGAAUCCUGAACGUCGCGAUUUUUACCUCACUCGAAGUUAUUUGAAGAAUUAUUACCCUAAAUUCAAUAGAAGCUUCUUUUAUCGAUAUCCACUGUUUCCAAGUCAAGACUAUAAACGCGACGACACAAGUCAAGAAGACUAUAAACGCGACGACACAAGUCAAGAAGACUAUAAACGCGACGACGCAAGUCAAGAAGACUAUAAACGCGACGUAGAACGUCAUCAUAGAUUAAUCAAGGAUUUUUUCGGGAAAACACAACGUCUUGUUUGCAUCCUGAUCAAUUGUAAGAAUGAGAAGUCUGUUGACCUUGACCAGCAGAUUGUUCUGACAAUGGUCCACCGAUUAAUACGACUCCUAGUGGUUAUUGGCUUAAAUGAACCGGCUUGCGAAAAUGAGAUUAUACAGUUCUUUAAUAAUUAUGAAAAUGAACACACUUUUCAAAAAUACUUGAAGAGGGACAUGGAAUCCCUUAAGAAAAUUCUAGAUAAAAAAGACAAGCUUCGAUUGUUAAGCCACCGAAAACAUCGCAAUGCCUGUAUAUAA